GUUUCUCAAUUUUAAUGUGCUAAAUUUUGUUAUUGUAUUUAAUCACCAGUUUUAAAGUGUUUACGUUUGUGAUACGAACGUGAUCUAGAUAAAAUAAAAUAGACCUUCUAAACUUUUGAUCUGGUAUAAUUCUGAUCCAGGUUAGGUGCAAGGUAGAUCCAGCAAAUGGCUAAUUUUCCAAUGCGGCUUCCUUUAGAAAAUAAACAUAAUAAAAAUCUUCUAAAACAAGAGGAUUACAAAUGUCAGAAGUGUCUUCAGAAAGGUCAUUUUACUUAUCAGUGCACGGGUAAGAGAAAGUAUGUUGAGCGGGAUUCACGAACUAAGUUGUUGAAUAAAAAAUUAAAGAUGGAAGAUGAGAAGGCCAAACUGGAAACACUGGCCAAAUCAGGUUCAGUGUUACAGAAAAAACAUCAAAAUAAGAAGAAACGCAAGAAGAGUUCUGAUGGAGACUCGAGCUCUUCUUCAUCUAGUGAUUCUGGUUCCAGUGAUAGCUCCAGUGACUCAGAGGACGACUCCAGCUCUGACUCAGACAAGGAUUCCUCUUCUUCCUCUGGAUCAUCCUCUUCAGAUUCAUCUUCUUCUUCUGACUCAUCAUCUUCAGAGUCCAGCUCUUCAUCCUCCUCCUCAGAUUCAGAAGCUGAGUCAGAAGAGGACAUCUCCAAGGUGCUCAAAGGGAAAAAGAAAAAAAAGUCUUAAUUAAUUAUUUUAGUUUCUAGACUAUAGCAGUUAUGUGGACUGUUUGCAUUUUCAUUGGUGAUCAGUUAAAAAGUCUUUGAGAGAAAGUGUUCAAUACUACCUUAAGUCUACAUCAACAUUAUUGGACAGCAUGUCAUUCAACUCUCUACUGUUUUAGACCCAUUAUGCCUUUCGAGUUGGAUAUUUUAGUUGUUAUGACACAGUACUUAAAGAGUUAAAAUAAAAAUGCACAUUUGUCAGUGCUGAAGGAAGAUUAUUGAGUAUAAAAUCAAGAUCACUUUCUAUAGGCCUAAUACAUAACAGAUUUCAAUGUUCCUAAACUUCUUCCACAAAGGAGAAUUGGAUAGCUUUAAAACAAAAUGUUGAUAAAAAAAAAGUCAUUGUUGUGUUUUGUUUUUAUUUCCACAGCAUGACAUUGGAAUCAAGUUAUUUGUUGUUCAUUACUUAAAUCUGUCAGUACAACUCAUUGUCUGAAAAAAUCCUGUUCACAUAUGUAGGCUCAAAUAAUUUUAAUACACAUUGUUUUUAUAAUGAUAGUGUUAAAAUGACAAAUGUUUCUAAAAUGAUUAUUUCUGAACUAAGACUCAUACAUUUGACUGAUAUUUCAAUAAGGUGCGGAUUAUCAUUUAUUAAUAGAUUAUAUAACCUGAUC